UAUGUCAUUUCCUCCUGACACAUCAAGCCGUCGCGGUCACACCCUUCCCGGCUACUACCCCCAACCUUUCUUACCCUGCCCGCCAUGUUCUGGAGUAGGAGGAGAAGAGGAGGAGAUACGUGUAGUCCUGGCUGUAGCCAGAUUAGCUUUAGCAGCACGCAGCUAGGCGGAGGCGCAACAAGCUCCUUGAACGCCGAAAUAAGUUCUCAGACGAGAUUCUUCUCCCCACUUGGAAUUGGUCUGAUUGUUUUUUUAAUGUUUACAUUUCUGGAGUAACACCAUAACCGGAUAUAGCGUGAAAAACUAUGGUGAUGGCGUGGUCUUGUGUACUGCCUGCACUGCGUGUGUGGAGAUGGUUUUAACAGAUGCUCUUCUGGAGGACUCAGGAACACUGCACUGGCCUGAAGAAACCUCUUAAGCAUACGUGACACUUUACACAAAAGGAUAAACGUCUAUCGAGGACACACAGACACGUGGACGUUACAAACUUCUCCUUCAUUCCCAACACUACUAGAGCCCAAGCGCCUCUCGCUUGUUUUUUUAAAUUUUAUUUUUAGAUAUAUAUAUAUUUUUUUUUCCUCUUUGUCGCAACCUCACCGCCACCAUGCCAAGCACCAUCCGCCGGCAGAUGAAGAACAUGGUCAACAAUUACUCUGACGCUGAGAAGAAAGUCAGAGAGGCCACGUCCAACGACCCGUGGGGCCCGUCGUCUUCGCUCAUGUCCGAGGUGGCCGACCUCACCUACAACGUGGUGGCCUUCAGCGAGAUCAUGAACAUGAUCUGGAAGCGGCUCAACGACCACGGGAAGAACUGGCGCCACGUCUACAAAGCCCUCACGCUGCUCGACUACCUGAUAAAGACGGGCUCGGAGAGGGUGGCGCUGCAGUGCAAGGAGAACAUCUUCGCCAUCCAGACCCUCAAGGACUUCCAGUACAUUGACAAAGACGGCAAAGACCAGGGCAUCAACGUCCGAGAGAAGAGCAAGCAGCUGGUGGUGCUGCUGAAGGACGAAGAGCGCCUUAAAGGAGAGAGGUCUCAGGCUUUGAAGACUAAGGAGCGCAUGGCCCAGGUGUCCACAGGGAGCACUCAGAUGGGCUUCGGCCGAGGCUCGUCCCAGCCCAACCUCUCCACAUCCUACAGCGAAGAGUACGGCAGGUCGGAGGGCUCCCCCGCCUCCUACCACGGCUCCACGUCUCCCAAUGCGGGCUCAGAGCUGGAGCAGGCCAGACCUCAGACCAGCGGAGAAGAGGAACUCCAGCUACAGCUUGCCUUGGCCAUGAGCAGAGAAGCAGCCGAGCAGGAGGAGCGCCUACGCAGAGGUGACGACCUGAGACUACAGAUGGCCUUGGAGGAGAGUAAGAAAGAAGGUCCAGGCUCAGCGAAGCUCCCCAAGAAGAAGAAAGAGCCACAGUCAUCUUUGAUGGAUCUAAUGGAUGUCCCUGAGCCAGGUCCCAAGUCUGACCCCUGGGGGAUGGGGGGCGGGGCUGGAGCCAGAGCUGCAGCUGCAUCAGGAGACCCGUGGCAGCCUUAUGGCUCUGCCCCUCGGCCGUCGGUGCCACCCGACCCCUGGGCUGCUCCUGCAUCUGUGCCUGCCAUGAAGGCCAGCGACCCCUGGGCAAACUCCGCUCCGGCGUCCGACCCCUGGGGUUCUGGAGCUGGCCGCCCUAAAACCUCCAACACAGGUAACUUUGACCUGUUCAGUACAUCCAAUGGUACAUCCAAGGAAGACUUCUCAGAGUUUGACAGCCUGCGCUCUUCCUCCUCUGUCCCCACUGCCGACGCAGGCAUAACGUCCUCUCUCCCCUCCCAAGUCAGUCUGGCCAGUAGCGGCAGCCUGGACCUCUUCGACCCGCUGCCCACUUCCACUUCGAUCUCCUCGAACCCGACCAGAAAGACUCCGGAGUCCUUCCUGGGACCCAAUGCAGCGCUGGUCAAUCUGGACUCUCUGGUGACCAAACCGGCUCAGCCCGCGCCCGUUGUUAACCCGUUCUUGGCUGCUACAGGCGGCUCGGCUCCUGCUCUUGCCCCCCUGGCCAACCCGUUCCAAAUGACCCAGCCGGUUCCCCCCACUCUGAACCAGAUGCGCGUCAGCCCGAUGCCCUCCGGCUUCGGCAGCAUGGCCGAGCCCAUGCCUCUGGCCUCUGUGCCAGAUCAGCCCGUCGCCAUGGUCCCCCUGGCAGGGAUGGCCCCCAUUGGCCACGGGAUGCCCGGCACGGGGGGCGGCGUGGGCGCAGGGAUCCCACCCUCCAUGUCGAUGCCUCAACCGUUGAUGAGCAUGCCCCCCCAGGCCGGGUCACAACCUGCCGGAACCACCAACCCCUUCCUCUUGUGAAAGGAGGACCCACGUUCUCCUUCACUUGCUCCUCCCGACACGAACAAGGAGAUAUUUUACCCCGUGUAUCCAUUUAUAAGCCACUCCCAGCCAGGAGCCCGACUAAAAUACUUCCUGACUCUUUUCUGCUCCUGUCCUGCUCAGCUACAAGCUGCCUAGUCUUGUGAGUUCCAGGCUGAUCCUAAUAUGAUGCUGGCGACCACACAGAUCUUUGCACCCGUCUACGGACUUCAGAGUUUCCGCCAGGGUGGGACUGGACCCAGUUUCUCCUUCCGUUCUUCCUCUUGUUCACCCUUCGGACUGCUCUUUUCCUCUCUUUGUGAUGGGGUGACCGGAGAGUCAGCCUGUACUAAUUCCAGCAUCUUAUCUCUUCUCUAGAACUAAUCUUUUAUAAGCUCUAUCCGCUCUAGUGUGUCUGCGUGUGUCCGUGUGUGAGCGAGUGCACAUCUCAGUGGUUUUACACUGUGUAUAUCCCAGUGAGUUUUCCUCCAACACACUGGAUUAAGGAUGAGAGAUGUGUUUAUACUCCCUGCGUGUAUGUUGUGUGUAUUACAAAGCAGGAAUUUUGCACAAUUUUUGCUUUUUUUUUUUUGUGUUUGUUUUCUUUUUUUUUCUUUUCAGCGACUGUUGGACUCACCGUUACACCUUAGCUCACAGAGUAAGUCUGAUUAAAACAAACGACAAGGCACACCCGCACACUGCCCCGGCUCUUGGUACUAACUCAGUCCGAACCCUUCAUCUUCACUUUGGACCUUCUUUUAUUCCUGACCUGAACCUUGACCACCAGGGGGUCACGAAAUUGAAAAUGAAACACUCCCUUAGAGGAAACGGAUCUGCUGCGUUCAGUCCUGAAGGAGAGGCCGGGAAAGAUGUUUUCUGACGUGCGUACGUGUUCGUACGCAGUCCUGCUGUUGCCGCUCGGAUACCAACAGCCACACAUCAGAGCGUUUUUCUACAGCGUCUCCAGCCCGGUCAGCCAUUUUUUUUAGAAGAGAAAGACGUACUGUGUCAGUAUUUUUUCCGAGUCGAACAAGCGGAUGCAGGUGGAACAAUUUUUUUUUCAUUAUUUUCAUUCUUUUGAAUUUUCCAGGAAUAAAAUGGAUGAGGGACAGUGUGUGUGCGCACAUUUAGCUUCCAAGUGUACUUUUCCUCAAGUUUUUUCUCUAUUUUCACCUUGUGUUAGAAUUUGCUACCUAAAACAAAGGGCAGUUUAGUUAACUUAUUAACUAACUAAUGAAGAGGUCUCAGCCUUGAGAAGAACCUUCACGUUCAACAGGACUUUUCGUUUUUAUAGGUAAUCUAUUAGAUCAUCACCCGGUCCUGUUUCACACACGCGCACACACACCCCCACACACACACAUACAGGACUAUUAAUAGCACAGGGGAAUCCCAUAGCAAACAACAAUGUAAACGGUUGGUUCUUACUUUAUUUUUUACGUUACUAAAAAAAGCCGUGUUUUAGUAGUUUCUCCAUUUUCAUUCUGGUUUUGUUUUCGUGCCGCCCUGUGGGUCGGUCAUGUUACUCCUAGAAGCACAACUGUUACCGAAGUCAUAGCGACUGAUUUAAAAAUAAUAAUAAUAAUAAUUUUAUUUUCUUUUGUGACGGUAAGUGGAACAGUAAGGUCACACUUAGUUAGCAUUACCUUUUAAUUUUUUUUAUUUUUGCUAUUAUUAUUAAAGGUUAUGAUUUAAGAGGCUCUCUGAUGAGACAGGUUCAUAACUCUUCUAAUUUCCGCCUUUGUCAAGUGUUUAUGUAAUUGAAUAGUGUUACUUUUUGGCUGAUUAUAUAUAGAUUUGCAGAAAGCAAGUUUGAGCUUCCCUGUCUCUUCUGCUGGUAAAGAAAAGUGGGUUGAUGAGUUGUGGCUUAAAAUAAAAUGCACAGGUUUUGUAGACUUUCCCCAUUCAUUUUCUUUUAAAGGGACAGUUCCUUUUUCUGUUAAGUUCUGCGUCGUAAUUUACGGCAAUAGCUUCCUAUCCUAUAGUAGACAGAUGCUGUUUCAUAGGGAGCUUGCACAAAAAAAAAAACCUGAAGAAAGCCUGGCAGCUAGUCAUAAAAAACCUGCUCUGAUUUUAGUCAUUUCAAGCAAACAUUCAUAUCCAGUAGAUGUUCUCUGAGCAUGUAUUCAUGCUAGAGUUGCAACUGCUGUAUAAGUCCCCCUGAUCACAGGCCUGCACCUCUGAAAAAUGUGACAAAAUCCAAAAAGGUAUGCCCUUCUUUUACAAGUGGAGGGAUACAGCCGGCAGCCAUUUUAACUUCUACAUAGAAACAUGUUGCAUUGAAUAUGGCGUGACUGCAGUACUACCUGGAAGGGUAGCACAUUUAAUUUUAAGCAUUUGGCAAGUAUUGAAUAUUUGAGUUUCCCAACUUUGUUCCUUAUUCUUAUUACAUGAACUGGUUCUUAAUCACAAAGAUUCCCCAUUGGGUUGUUUCAUGAUCUGCACAAUUUGUGGUGGAUGUUUUGCAUUCAGCUGUCCAGGAAAAUCCAAAGGUUUGACCCUGGAAAUUUUCCAAGUGAAAUAUUGAUAGGACCCCAUGAGCUUAAACCGUUUGAAUUCAACUUAUUUCAAGUUGCUAAAAUGAGUUGAAACAGAGGUUUGUCUCUCCCUGCUGCCCAGCCUCCAGUUUGAAGAUUUCUUCUCUGUUCUAUAAACCCACUGUGACAUUUCCAUCCAUCUGCUACAGGUUAUGGAUCCAUUACUGAUGACUUCACAGUCCUUCACUUCAGAAUGUUCAAAUAGUCCCUUUAAGUCUGUGGGGUGUUCAAACUUUUUUUUUUUUUUUUUUGCUUACUUCCAUUUGGAUUGGGUUGUCGCCUCCUUGUGGUAUGAUGUGGCUUCACUGCAGAUCUUUGGAUAAUUCCACUGAACGCAGACCUCCCCAUUUCUCUCAGGCAAAACAAACAAACAAAAAAAAAAAAGAAGAAAAAAAAAGAGGAGCUGCUCCAAGUGUGUAUGAUAUGGGACAUUCUUGACGCGGCUAUGACGGUUUUUGUGCUCGGACUCUCGAACGAACGGGUGUGAAACAUACUUGUAAAACCAGCAAAUGUUUUAAUCUCUAGAAAACAUUAUGCAAGCUUAGUGAGGGGUAGGGAGAGAAGAGGGACUGGAGUUGCUAAUAAAAGUCUGUACUGAAAUAUUGAAAUAUUAAUAACCAGAUUUCAUCACUGUGGUUCAGUGAAAGCGUGACCCGUGCAGUGAGCGCCUCCGAGUCAUGUACUAAAUAUGUUUUGUUUUUUAUUUUCUUUGUUCUUCUCCAGAGAACUAACUGACUUCAUGAGCUGUCUUGUCUUUAUAAGUAUAAACUGACUCCUUUUAUUCCCUUCUCCUGUCUGACUAGUUACUCUUUUCUUAGUACUGGGAGCAGACUUUCUUACUUUUUUUUUUUUCUUUUCUGCUCUACCUGUUGGCAUUAUAACUGUAUAAUAUAAUUUAUCAUUUGUACUAUUGUAACAUACUGUUCUUCUGUAUACCUUAUUAUUCUGUGUAAUGGGUUUUUGUAGGAAACAAAAAAAAAACAAGUGGUAUUUUAACGGCCUCUAAACAAGCAAGCACAGCUGACCGAACCCUGUUUGGAUGAGGACAACCGUAGCUGUGUUGGUUCAAAAAAUAAAAUGUAUUUCACUUCA